AUGGAAAAUGGGAAAGAGGAAGUGGAAAAUGGGAAAGGGAAAACGCGAAAGGGGAAAAGGAAUAGUGGAGAUAUCUUGCUCUCAUCACCGAAGUCACCGGAGUUUUCCAUUUCCCACAACAAAAUCAAUAUAAAGGAGAACAUGUUUCUUGCUGGAAUAUCGCGAUCCUUUGGAAUAAUCCUUUUUGAACUUUUAACGGGGAAAAGACUAAGUCCAUCCACUGAUUCUUCUGACAGUAUUAAUGGCCAUUUGAUGAAGUAUAUCAGUAAGAACUUCUUCACUGAUCCUGCUGACUUUUAUGAUGCCAUUGACGAUUCUAUAAUGGGGAAGGGUUUUGAUGAUAAAAUCCUACGUCUUCUUGAAGUUGCAUGUGACUGUGUUAAGACAUCUCUAAAGCAAAGGCCAAAGAUGGUUGAUAUUCACCAAACUAUAAGAGCUAUGUGGGAGGGCUACAAACCCUGCUUUCAUUCUGAAAGUCUGACAGUAAAAAUAAAAUAA